AUGGAGAACGAAACUCUUAGCUUCGAAUCUAUUAUCAACAACAAUCUUAGCGGCCGUGACCUCGAGGAGUUUAAUAGAAUCCACUUUGGAAGAAAAGACAACCUUGAAGUAAAAUUGAAAGAAUCGUCGAUCGCCGCAGCAAAGGAAAAUGAUUUUGAAAUCUCCGCAUAUGCGUUCCCCGCAAAGAAAGAACAGACUCGUCCCCCCAGGAUUGUGAAGGUGGGCGUGAUCCAGCAUUCCAUCGUCGUGCCAACAGACCGCCCCGUCAAUGAGCAGAAGAAAGCUAUUUUGGAAAAAGUCAAGAAGAUUAUAGAUGUUGCUGGUCAAGAAGGAGUUAACAUUAUCUGCUUCCAAGAGCUAUGGAAUAUGCCUUUUGGCUUCUGCACAAGAGAGAAGCAGCCGUGGUGUGAGUUUGCAGAGUCAGCAGAGAACGGCCUUACCACAAGAUUCUUGAGCGAACUGGCUGAAAAAUAUGCAAUGGUAUUCGUUUCUUCAAUUCUAGAAAGAGACGAGAAUCAUUCUGACAUCCUUUGGAACACAUCUGUCGUUAUCAGCGAUACUGGUAAAGUUAUUGGCAAGCACCGCAAGAAUCAUAUUCCGAGGGUUGGAGACUUCAACGAGUCGAACUACUACAUGGAGGGCAACACUGGUCAUCCCGUUUUUGCUACAAGGUACGGAAAGAUUGCUGUGAACAUUUGCUUCGAUCGUCAUCACGUUCUGAAUUGGAUGAUGUUUGGACUCAACGGGGCAGAGAUCGUCUUCAAUCCAUCGGCUACCAUUGCUGCUGAAGCCGGAAGUGAGUACAUGUGGAAUAUUGAAGCCAGAAAUGCCGCGAUAACCAACUGUUACUUCACUGCUGCUAUCAAUCGUGUUGGUUAUGAAGAAUUCCCUAAUGAAUUUACAUCGGCUGAUGGCAAACCUGCACAUAAGGACUUGGGUCUUUUCUACGGAUCAAGUUACUUUACAGGCCCUGAUGGAGUAAGGUGCCCUGGUCUGUCCCGUACAAGAGACGGUUUGCUCAUUGCUGUGAUGGACUUGAACCUGAACAGACAGAUCAGAGACCGUCGUUGCUAUUACAUGACCCAACGUCUGGACAUGUAUGUAGAGAGCCUAAAGAAGGUUCUAGAAAUUGAUUACAAGCCACAAGUUGUACACGAGAACGAUAAGUGA